AUGUUGAGUCCAAAUCAUUCCGAUCUUCUCCAAGACUCAUCCACAACAACAAGAACAAGCUCCUCCUCAGCAUCCAUAACAUCAACCAAUAUUGGAAAAAGAACGAGAGAAUGUCAUCAUCAUUCUUUGGUCCAUUCAUUCUCGUUAGGGAUUCAAAAUUUCAACAACGAUGAGCGAAUAGAACAAGAAAUUGAAGAAUUUAAGGUUGAUCAUCGAACAAAGGCAUUAAAUCUGUUUCGGAAAAGUCUUUCCAAGCAUCAAGCCUUGAUACAGAAACAACAACGUUCUAUGGAGGAAUAUUCGGAACACUUUUUAAAUCAUCAAAAUAAUUCUUUGACCAAUACACCAACUCUAAAACAAGAACAAGUAACACUCUCUCAAAAACAAGAAGGAAAACUUCAUGUAAAGAAAGAAAUAGGAAUUUCAAACGUUUCUCCAUGCAAGAACAUUCUAGCAGUCACUGUAUUUUCAUCGGAUUUAUUUAAAUUAAAUUAUACACAUUUUGAAUAUUUGAAGAGUAAUAGAAUGGCAACGGAACAAGCGGCUGUUACAUUUCUGCCAUAUAAAGAUGAUGAUUUUUCUGUGGAUUAUGGAAAAUAUGAACAGUUUUUUGAUGAUUUAAGUUUUAUUGAGAAUCAAAAUAAUUUAGAUAAGAAGAGCGAAUACAAUCAAUAUUCGCGAUAUUAUUUGGAUCUCAUGGCAGAAACCGUGUACAGAAGCAUGGCCGAUAAAAUGUUUGACACUUUUGGAGAUGAUGAAACAGUGUGGUACAAAAUGGUACAAGAUUUUGUGAAUGAAUAUGAAAAUGAAUAUGGAUCGUUAUUUCGACACAUGCAUGAGGAACAUGUCAAUAGUGAAAGAAAACAUUUGUCACUCCAAAUGUUAAUCAUGCUUAAUAAUCAUAUUUCAAACUACAGUAUAUUCAAGCGUGAAAGAGAACAAAAAACGCAACAAUGCAAUGGAUCGUUGGAAGCCAUGUGGACCGCUACAGCAAAAUCACUCUGUUUCAAAUGCAUGAAAUUCGAUUGCCCCAUUCACAUCUUAGAAUACAAGACAUGUGCGAGAGAUUCCAACGAUGCGAGAGUUGUUUUGAAAUUUAAUGAUGAAGAAAUUAUUGAACGAAUUCUCGACAAGUUAUUCAAAAAACAACAAGAACUGAUUGAAGCUAAACAAAUUCUUCUCACUCCAUGCUGUGGCGAAAACAAGUGUCAUGUCCAUUAUUAUUACAUGCAACAAUCAUCCAUACAGGAAGCCAGCUACGACGAUUGGACUGAAAUCGAUAAGGAACUCGCUCUCAAUACCAUCUACAUUUACGGAGAGAAAAUUUUGGAAAUUUUAAAAGGCUCACAAUUAUCGUUACAUAAGAAUGUUCGUCAACAACCCAUUCGAGAUGUAUUUUGCGAAAUUGCUCGACAUCAUCGAAAGCCAUGCUGUGAAAUUGCACAAUUUUUAAAAGAUUGGUUUUACAAAAAUUCACUCUUGAAGCGACACGUGUCUGAGCCCAUCCAUGGUGUUUCCCUUUCAUUAGAAAAACUUCCAACACUCCGAAGAUUGGCACCUUCAUUUCUCACUUCACAAGAACAGACACUUCUCAAAACACCAAUUCCAAAACGAGUCGAUGAAAAGACUGUAAAAAACAAUAGCAAUCAGCCUGAUAUUUAUAACCCAUGUCAAUGUGCAUUGCUAAACAACGUGAGUGAAUGCACAUGUGUGAAAAAUAGAACCUUUUGCACCGAAUUAUGCCAUUGUUUCACAACAAUCAACAGAUUCGAUCAAAUUUACAAGAACAAGCCAUGUCCUGGCGGAGACAAGUGUUUUUGUAAACUGUUUAGUCGAACGUGUAGUGACAGUUGUGGAAGCCAAUGUCAUCCAUACAAGUUUACGAAAAAGUUUUUAAAGAAAUGUGCGGUGGGCCUAAGUCAAAUCGAUGGCCUGGGAGUAUUUGCUUUGGAAGGCAUUGAAAAAGACUCUCUUAUUAUGGAAUAUGUAGGAGAGUUGGUAUCAUAUGAAGAGUUACAUCGAAGAGACAUAUUCUGUAAGGUAUUUCAAUCGUGUUAUGUUUUUGACCUUAAAAAGGGUAUAGGUGUGGACGCGUACAGAAAGGGAAAUGAAUCGAGAUUUGUGAACGAUGCCCAGGGCCCAGUGAAGGCCAAAACAGCAAAGAAUAAUUGUACCCCCAAAGUGGUAUUUGAUUCAGAAGUGCAUGAUUACAGAAUUGGUAUUUUUGCUCUUGAAACUAUCAAGGCAGGAUCAGAGCUGUUAUUUUCGUACGGUGACAAUUUCUGGGAUCCCAUGCUAAAUUCGGAUGACGAAGAUGGAAGCUUCGAAUAG